GACGGUGAUACAGAACAACGGGCAGACCUCACUCCCAUCACUAUGCCCAUUUAACACACGACUGGGCCGGCUGGACUUUGCUGCAUUUGAGGAUGAUGAGUGGUCUCCUGCACUAGAGCUAGAUGGUGUGGGAAUGAUGGACCUCCCUAAUGGCCAGUCAAGCAUCAACACCAACGCUGCAAUAGUCUCUGAGAGGAGCAGUAGCUCGGAAUCUCUCAGUGAUAAGGUCUCUUCAGAGCUGAAGAAGAGUUUUGAUGCUGUUGUGUUCGAUGUGUUGAAGGUCACUCCUGAAGAAUAUGCAGGCCAGAUUACACUCAUGGAUGCUCCUGUGUUCAAGGCCAUCCAGCCGGAGGAGCUGUCGAGCUGUGGCUGGAACAAGAAGGAGAAACACAGCUCUGCUCCAAAUGCCGUGGCCUUCACUCGCAGGUUCAACCAGACAAGUUUUUGGGUGGUAAGAGAGAUCCUCCACGCUCAGACGCUGAAGAUCAGAGCAGAAGUGCUGAGUCUUUACAUUCGCACUGCCAAGAAACUGUGUGACAUUAACAACCUUCAUGCGGUCAUGGCUGUGGUGUCGGCGUUACAAAGUGCUCCCAUCUUCAGGCUUACCAAAACAUGGGCGUUACUGAGUCGUAAGGACAAGGCAACGUUUGAUCGACUCGACUACCUGAUGUCCAAAGAAGACAACUACAAACGUCUGAGAGACUACAUAAGCAGCCAGAGCAUGGUCUCGUGUAUGCCAUACCUAGGGAUGUACCUGUCCGAUCUGACCUACAUAGACUCGGCCUACCCCUCCACAGGCAGCAUACUGGAGAAUGAACAGAGAUCCAACCUGAUGAACAACCUUCUCAGAAUCAUAUCGGACCUGCAGAGAUCCUGUACCUAUGAUAUACCCUUGUUGCCUCAUGUACAGAAGUAUCUCAACUCAGUCAGGUAUAUCGAGGAGCUGCAGAAGUUUGUGGAGGAUGACAAUUACAAGUUGUCUCAGAAGAUUGAGCCAGGCACCAGUACACCACGAGCAAACGCCUCAAAAGAGGAUCUUGUUGGCCUGGAUGCUUCAGCGUCUCCACUCUGCGGCCGUAAAUGUACAGUAGCAAGUGAAGGACCCAAAGUCCCGGCCACUCCGCCCUCCCCCAGGAACCUCCUGCCCUAUGGACACAGGAAGUGCCACAGCCUGGGCUACAAUUUUAUUCAUAAAAUGAAUACAGUAGAGUUUAAAAGUGCUACGUUCCCAAAUGCUGGUUCUCGCCAUCUGUUGGACGACAGUGUGAUGGAGAGCCACAGUCCCACUAGAGGACAAGUAGAGAGCUCAACUUUGUCCAGCGGUAUUUCACUUGGGAGCAGCGAGGGCUCGGAGCUCAGUGAAGAGGUGUCUUGGCCAGCUUUUGAGAGGAAUCGGUUCUAUCACUCUCUGGGCCCAGUGACCCGAGUGGCCCGGAUCCCCUACAGAGGAGUCCUGAGGCCCAGCAGCUCUGCGGAAUCAGAGGAGCUGGCAGUUCACUUGUAUCCCGGAGCAGUCACAGUGCAGGGGGUGUUGAGACGAAAGACUGUGCUCAAGGAGGGCAAGAAACCAACAGUGGCAUCUUGGACCAAAUACUGGGUUGCUCUUUGUGAAACCCAGCUCUACUAUUACCCUGCCAAGUCCCUUAAGGCCACUGAGAGAAAACAUUUCAAGUCGACGUCCAGUAAGAGCGGGUGUGUGGUGGGCCUAAUGGCCAUGAUGGCUGACGAUCCUGAGCAUCCUGAUGUCUUCUUGCUGACCGACUCGGAGCACGGUAACACCUACAAGUACCAAGCAGGGAACAGAAUGAACGCUUUGCUCUGGUUCAAACAUCUGAGUGCUGCCUGUCAGAGCAAUAGGCAACAGGUGCCAACCAAUCUGAUGUCGUUUGAGUGACGGAUCCUGGGAAGUGUGAAGGAGACAAGGAUGAGGAAACAGUCGAGGAGGAUGAGGAGGAGUUAUGACUCGGUAGUGGGAGCUUUCACUGCCAUGAGCCCUGACCGCCGAUUCUCCGAUUCUCGCCCUGGCCUCACUGCAGCCUCACCUGCCACCACUGCCUUAACUAGAGUACUCCGUGUGUAAAUGUGUGUGGUUGUGUGUGUACGAGUGAA